AAUUUUAGCGUGUUUUUCACUAAAUCGUAGCUUGCAGUUGAGACAUCCGGCCAGCAGGCGGUAGCAGUGGCGGGAACCCAACCGGAAGAGCUCCAUGUUAGCAACACUUUCACCGUAGCGUCGGUUUCUUGCCCUUGUUCAUCAUGAAUCCGCUGACGAAGGUGAAGCUGAUCAACGAGCUGAACGAACGUGAAGCCGACCUGGGAGUCAAAGAGUCGGUGUCGUGGCACAGCGAGUACAAAGACAGCGCCUGGAUCUUUGUGGGAGGAUUUCCGUACGAACUGACUGAAGGAGACCUGAUCUGUGUCUUCUCUCAGUACGGAGAAAUCGUCAACAUCAACCUGGUUCGAGACAAGAAGACGGGAAAAUCCAAAGGUUUCUGCUUCGUCUGCUACGAGGAUCAACGCAGUACCAUCCUGGCCGUGGACAACUUCAACGGCAUCAAGAUUAAAGGUCGGACAAUCCGAGUGGACCACGUUAAGGACUACCGUCCCCCCAAAGACUCAGAGGACAUCGACGACAUCACCAAACGUCUGAGGGAGGAUGGCUGCGCUCCCAAAGCUCCACCAUCGUCGUCGUCCUCCGAGGAAGACGACCUGUUCCAUGUUCCUGUGAAGAAGCCUAAGAAAGACAAGAAAGAGAAAAAGAAGAAGAAGAAAGAGAAGAAGGAGAAGAAGAACAGAGCAGCUUCCUCCUCCUCAUCUCCUCCUGCUGUCAGAGUCAAACAGGAGAAAGAAGACGCCGCCUACGACAAAUACAACCAGAGGGACAGAGGACAGCAGGACGGACAAGGAGAACGGAGGAGGAACCGAGAAGAAGAAGAAGAACGGAGGAGGAACCGAGAAGAAGAAGAACGGAGGAGGAAGCGAGAAGAAGAAGAACGGAGACGAAGAGAUGAUAGAAGAGAGACGGAACGAGACAAAGACGACAGAAGAAGAAUCUCAGACAGAGACGAAGACAGAAGAAGAGAGAGACACAGAGACGACAGGAGAUAGAAACAUGAAGGAAGAGACUAAAGACUGGAUCUUUAUCAGUUUCCAUGACGACGUCCUGUUGGUUUUUACUAAAUUCAGGUUAAAUCUGACAGAAUAAAAACGCAAAGUAAUUCAGGAGAUAAAAGCUGAAAUCAAAUGAUUCUAUUUCUAUUUACAUUUCACCUUUAAUUCAUCCAUUGUUUGUUGUUUGUUCACAGCAUUUUUUAUUUCAUGUUUAUUUUCCUCAAAAUGUUGAUCAGAGAAUUUAAACGUUUAAAUGAGUUUUCUAAUAAAACAGAAACGUCCUCAGCUUCUUCA